AUAGAAAUAAUCUAUAUAUAGAGAGAGACAAACUGACAAAGAGUGAUAUGAAGAUCCAGUGUGAUGUGUGUCACAAAGUGGAGGCCUCUUUCUUCUGUCCCUCGGAUGAAGGAGCUCUAUGCCAUGGCUGUGAUCGCACAAUACACUGUGCCAACAAGGUUGCAACCAAACACACGCGCUUCUCUCUGCACCACCCUAACUCCAAAGACGCCCCUCUGUGUGAUAUCUGCCAAGAGAGACGUGCAUAUAUAUUUUGCCAAGAAGACAGAGCGAUAUUAUGCAGUGAAUGUGACGUUUCUAUCCAUGGAGCCAAUGAAUACACUAAGAAGCAUAACAGGUUUCUUCUGACAGGUGUAAAGCUUGGUGCUGCUUCUUCUUCUUCUUCAUCAGAGCCAACAUCAAUGUCCUCGAGUAGAGCCACAACAAGCUCUGAAGCAGCAAAUAACCAGAAUAAUAAUAAUUAUUAUAUGGGUAGUGACACGGGUUCAGUUUCAACAAGCAGCAUUUCUGAGUAUUUGAUUGAGACCAUACCCGGUUACUGCAUGGAAGACCUUCUCGAUGCUUCAUUUCUGCCAAAUGGUUUCUGAGUAUGAGCAGCAAUCAUUGUUUCAGGACCGAAAUAAUGUUCAUCACUAUGUCAGCAUGUGUUCGUUUCCAUAAUUCCAUUGGAAGCAUGGUCACCAUCAUCAACCCCAACUUAGAUCUCCUUAGUUUGUGUAACAAUUCUAGUAAUCUUCCUCAGAUGGAUGAUUAUUGUUCGGUAGAAAUUGUGGAAAUAAUGCCAAAAGCAAAUACAUCCC